CAAAACGAAAACGAGAUGGGAGGACGAAGUCAGAGACGACCGGGGCUGAUGGAGAUCCAACGCGAUUCUCUGCGUGCUCUUUACUCCGGAUCACCGUUCCAGGUCGUUCAUUCAUCUGAAGAAGAAGAAGACUCUUUUCAUGUCAGCUCCACUCUUUUUUGGUCGAACUCGUUCACUCAAAGUCUCUUCCCACCAGAAAACGAAGCUUCUCUGAGAAGAACUAAUGGCGCAACAGCGCUCACAGUUGCCGACAUUCGGAAACUGGGACAACGAAGAUGGCGUUCCUUAUACAGCCUACUUUGAGAAAGCGAGAAAAGGAAAAGGCCGUGUGAAAAGAAACCCGAAUGAUGUUCAGAGCGAUCACGAAACGUAUAUGACUAGUGAACCUAGGACCAGAACCUCUUCUAGCCAGAAGGAGGCUGACCUGGGUUCACAGAAAGUUGCAGAGCCAGAGGCAGCAACGUCGAAGCAGAAGCACUACAGAUGUGGAGACGAAGCCGACCGGAGGAGACUCAUCGGUUCACCUCUGUAUCGUGGAGCCAUUGGCGGAAAAACUGACUUGGGCGCGCCUCGGCCAUAUAACAGCGGUGUAAGAAAGCCCAAAACUGAAGCUGAACUGGUCAUGAAGGCGCAAUAUGCAAGGAGGCCAAGCCAUGAGCAUCGGAUUAGAGCAGGAGAAUUUGAUCAUCCCAGGAGGAGAUUUAGUGACUCUAUGCUGCAUCGAGACCCUAGAUACAGCAGGGCCGCUGCUGAAUCGCCUGUUCUACGCGGCAGUGGAAUGAGUUCCCCAUACAGAUCGGUGUGGCAAAAUCCAUGGUCAGAGCACAUCAAGUCCUCUUCUCACAGCACGCAACAUCGAGCUAGUGUUGGGGGCGGAGGAGGUCGAAUGUCUUCUCCAGUGCAGGAGCCGGAGAAGAGGCAUUCAUCCACAAGUAGAGGACAUAGCACGGCUCCCACGACUCCAGGGAGAUCUCGUCUCAAACCAGUUGCCCGAGGAGAUAAAACAUCUAAUCACAGCACAGCCGUCCCUAAAUUCGGAGAUUGGGAUGAGACAAGCCCUUCGUCAGCCGAUGGGUACACGCAUGUAUUCAAUCUUGUGGUGGAGGAAAAGAAGGGCGCCGCAGGCAAACCACCAGUGACUACAGCCGAGAACCCUCAUUCCAAUGGCCAGUAUUCGCGUGCUGAAACAAGGUCCAAGUCUCGAGGAUGUUGGUGCUUUCCAUGGAGAAAAAGAUGAUUCUAAGAUGCUCAGAAACACGCGACACCCUGUUUAUCGAUCCGUACAACUCGAGCGGUAUUAGUCUGUACUAAGAGGAAAAAGUACGAGCAGUUUAUUCUGUCUUGUGAGCAUCCGAUGCAUAGACAGCAU